AUGAAGAAGUGUUUAAUAUGUGAACGUGAUUACGAUGGAACUCAGCAUAUGGGGUUAGAGGCUUGUAGAGCUUGCUCAGCUUUUUAUCGAAGAUGUAUUACCUCUAAUAAGAUUAAAUUCGUUUGUCGUAGGCGAUCCAACAAUUGUAUCCUGAAUACAAGUCGUAAGGAGAUGUGCCAGAAGUGCAGAUUCGACAAAUGCAAACAAGUUGGCUUAGAAGUUGGCUACGCUUCGCGAUUACGCCAUGGACAUCAUCAAGCUUCCACAGCUUCAUCAAAUUCGUCAUCUACAUCAUCUCCAAUACAAUGGCCGAAUGUGAUAGCUCAUGAAAAUAUAUCUUCGAAUAUUUCCUGUUUAACUCGCAUCAAUAACAGCUAUCAAAAAUUAUGCGAACGACGGCUUUCAUCAGAAAGAAUACUUAUUACAGUUUCCUCUGUUUCCAAAUCAAUAGAAAACGAGACUUAUUACGCUAUGUCUGCAAAUCAUAUAAGUGAAACCAUUCAUGCUCAGGUUCCUUCGAUUAUAGAGUUUCUGUCUGAAUCGUUUGACGAAUUCGCAAGCUGCAACAUGGAAGAGAAGUUACUCAUCCUCCAACCUACUCUUUGUGAGUUCUGGAUGUUUGACACUCUAAUAAGAACAAGCCAUUUAUGGAUUAAACAGAUAAGCUACCCAGAUAUAAAAAACUUUUUUUUCCUUUCUAUGAUGUACUAUGUGGAUAUGGACAAUUUGGUAACAUUAUUUGAUUCUAAGGCUCUUGCACAAAAAGAUAGCAAUGAAGUCCUGGGAAUCGCUGAAAGAUGGCUUGUUCAACAGAAAAACUUUAUAGAAGAACUGAUCGCCUUCAAUCUAACUUCUGAGGAAACCCUAUCAUUAUACGGUUUGCUCUUCUUCUCAAGAAUUACUAAUCUUCACUCGUCAAAGUUACAGAAUCUAGCUGAAGGCGUUAGAACUAACAUUUGCAAUAGCCUUCAUGACCUUUUAGUAAAUAAUUCGCCUAAAGGAAAUUACGCAAAACGGAUGUAUGAUCUGUUGAGUAUACUCAUUAAAACCAAAUCACUUUCUGACAGAGUAAAAGAGGAUGUUCACCUUUUAACACUUUUCAAUUUUUUCGAAGAAAGUACUUUCUUAACAAGCCUAGUACGAUGUAAUUCUUGA